CGUGCAAGCAUUGGAAACGGGCUGCAAUAUUCUACGAGGAUUUAACGAGCAUGAUCGCUCUUCCGAGGAUUCUCGGAGCUGUCGAAUGGCGAUAGUAGCUGUCUUACACUUAUGCGUAUUAAUGUGAGGCGUAUUUUUAUUAUCUUUUACAUUUUCUUUUCUAGUUGCGAGGCUACGAAGAAUGUGCAAUGAAUAUGAUCAUGUUCUUUAUCCAGAAGAGGUUAGUGUUGUAUGUAAAUUACAUGUAGUAUUUCCAUUUUCCUUGUGAUCAUGUACGGUCACCAGGCUGUGGCUCUACCGCUAAUAUCUCAUAUUUUGCGGUCGUGCUCGAAAGAGGUUUGUGAUUAUCUUUUCAG